CCGCACAGGAACAUUGCAGCCUGCGAAAGACAUGGCAUGCAUUCUGCCGGGCUACUUCUGUUCCCUACGAACGCUCUCUUGAGCCCUGAACUAGCGCCUCGAAGCUGUUUUUGGUGCAACUGCAUGCUGGAGACGACGGAAUCGGAGGGGAAGAGAUACCUAUAUGGCAGGCGCGUUGGGGUUGGUGAUGCAGAGGUGUGAACCCCUGCGAGUCGCACUUUCUAUUCCUGGAAUAGAGGACUGAGAGUUGAAAGGAGUGAGGGCACAAGGUGAUAGGAUGUAUACCUUCGAGUUCCCUCUCUUCUUUGGGGUUCUGAUUCAUCUCCUUGACGUUUUUAAUACUCUCUCCUUUCUCGUUCUGUCUGGAUUUGAAGCUCUCUGGUUCCUCGAAGUCUACAGCUUGAGCCAUGCACUUGUACAAUCCCCUCGUUCUCUCCUUCGCCGGAGUCGCAAUUGCGGCAGCAUGCAACGAAGACAAUUGUCUACGUGCACUCAUUGGGACUCGACGAGGUCCUGAUUUCCCCAAGACUGCGAGUACCGAUUGCGUGAGCUUUCUGCAAGCAACAUUUACUCCAGUCCCAGUCGCAGUCAGCACAACCACGACGAUCACUCUAGGUCCAACAGCUACACCAUUUGCAAAGCGUGCGGCGGGAGAUAUCCCUGAUUACGCCAGUGCUUGUUCGGGAUCUUUGCGGUACUCGAGCGCUUGCUCGUGUAUAGGAGUUUUGCCUACGACGUUCACUGCUCCAACUCCAGUAUGUACUCAAUCUGAGAUAGGGAUCUCGAAUAAUAUUGCUAAUAAAAGUUAGACAACCACAGUAACGGUCACGACCACCGCCUCAGCUCCAACCUGCACAAACACCAUCACCGACCCCAACAACUGCGGGAAAUGCGGCGUAGUUUGUGCACCAGGAGACGGAUGCAAGAACGGAGCAUGCUCCAACACAUCAUGCAAAGGUUCUACCUGCGACUCGGGAUUUGGCAAUUGCAGCAACAACAGCAAUUGCUAUUGUUUCAGCGACACGGCCGGUACAGGAUUCUGCGGCCAGAAUUCUCUCUGUGCGGGAUUGACAGUUUGCACAACGGAUGAUGAUUGCGGAGUGGGCUCAGGUACAAUUUGUGCUGUCAACACAUGUUGUGUUGAUCCAGGCGACACGCGAGGUGUUUGUCUUUCGCCAUUAUGUGAUAACCCCGCUACGAAGUUGAUGCGUAUGUCGAGACGGAAGACUGAACGAGGGACUACUGCAGCAUGGAAAUAAUUUCAUGGCGGAGUUCUGUAGAGUCGAAUUGCAGCAAAGGCAGAAAGCAAGGACCAAAAAGUAAUAAUUGCUAUUUAAUGUUUGUUAGCUGUAGCACGAGAUUUGCUGAGAGGUGGAGAAAAGAAUUGCUCCCUCAAGCCAAGAACAUCUAGACAAAUCAU